AUGUCGUCGGGGGCGGCGGUGCCGUUCUGGAGGGCGGCGGGGAUGACGUACAUAACCUACUCCAACAUCUGCGCCUCUCUUGUGCGGAACUGCCUCAAGGAGCCGCACAGGGCCGAGGCCGCCUCCAGGGAGAAAGUCCACUUCGCCGUCUCCAAGUGGGUCGACGGGAAGCCCGAGAAGCCGAGUUAGUCUCUCUUUCUCUCUAUCUCUCUCUCUCUCUCUCUUUUCGUCGACGCACUGUUCUGAUCUCUUGGUUUAUUGUGAUCUUGAUCCGUGAUGAUUGCCGCCGCAUUUUUAGGGUUCCAUUUCCGAUCUUUGUGCAGACCUCGUGUUCUCUCAGCUUUUUAUUUUGGGGCUUUCGACUGUAUCUUCUCUCAGAACCGUAUGCUUCCCGCAUUUUGUGCCAGUUUUCGAUAUGCUAGUGUGUAUGCAUCUGGGAUCUGAUCCAGAGAAGUUUCUUCUUCCUUGUUGUAUCCAUUGGGUGACAUUAUUCUAUCCAUCAGUAGGAAAGUGAAAGGUUACGGAGAAGAUUAGCCCUGUUCUUUGAUGAUUCACGUUCAAUGUCUCGGUCUGGUCUUCGAUUGCUAGCCGUCUCUACUCGUCGUGAUGCAGAGAUUUGA